CCAAGUCUCCGCGUUGUGUUGGUUGUUGAUCAAGGUUUGGAAUUCUUUCUGAAUCGAGUCAUGGAAGUUUGCAUUCUGUAGGAUUACUGUUUUCUGGAUUAAAGAUGGGGAUACUUUGAAAGAUAUCAAAAACAGCUGUAGUUAGUUCUGUUUCUGGACAUCAUUUAGAAACGUUUUACACCUGGGAUGUAAGAUUCCGUCUUUAUGUAGGAUCAGGAAAAGAUUCGUAGACUUUGGAAGUAACUGCGGAUAGUCUGUAUAUUUCUACUGAAGGCAAAUGACUUGAAUUUAGGAAAGCAUGACCACAAGAUCGUCACGAGAGCCUUCUCAAAGAUCAAACUUCAUUUCUGUGAAUGAAGGGUAUUGCAUUUGAGUAAACUAUUCAAAUGUCCAGUGUAUACAACGUUGAAAACUACAUGUAUGAGCCACGGAUGUCUGACUGAUUGAAAUUCAAAACUGGAUUAUUCUCAAUUUCUUCAAAAAUCAUAAAUACUUUGGAUAUAUGCCCAUUUCAUGAUAAUAAUUCUGUUGGAUUAGUUGCAAUGUUUUCUGUAAGAUGGCGCCUGUUGCAGGACAUUUUCUCCAAGGAUUCCAAGAAGGAUGCCAAUGAUGGAUCCUUGCCACCUGUUCAACCCCGGCGGGCAUCUCAUAUACCCAGCAGCAGCGGGACAUUGGCACAAAGGCGACAUUCACGGAGCCGUACACUCAGCCAACGGCUUCGCCCAAGGAGUGAUGGAUGGAUGGGAUCCUCAGGUUCUCUUGUUUAUCCGGUAUUUAAUGCCAAUUUCCGUCAGAGCAUCUACCAAGAGCUUGGCCAACGCUAUGACAUCGAUGCCAAUCUCCCAGAGGACGACCUUCAGCACCGCCUGGAGGAUGUCAAGGAAACGCUCAAAAAAGAAAUACGCCGAGAACUCAAAAUCAAAGAGGGCGCUGAAAACCUCCGGAAGGCCACAACGGAUAAAAAGAGUUUGGCGAACGUGAAUAGUAUUGUGAAACAGGCGAACAAUAAACUUCAGGAAUUACACCAGGAGUUGAACGAACUAAACGCUCAUCUGUUGAUGGCUAAUAAAAAUGAGUCGGCGCCACAAGCAUUUUUACGAAAAAAAUCUUCGGAGAAGGAUAAAUACAUGAAAUUCAAACGGCGGUCUGCACCGCCCAUUCCGUCCACAAAAGAAAUCCUCCAGUCCCCGGAGAAGGACAGUCAGCAAAAUGACAGUGUCGAUCCUCUCACCAUGAGGCUAGCAUCAUUACAUAAACAAUUAGAUAUAGAAAACAAGGUCAAACAGGGAGCGGAGAACAUGAUCCACAUGUAUAGUAGCGGCGUCUCAAAGGAUAAAAAACUGCUCGCCGAAGCUCAACAGAUGUUAGAAGAUGCCAAGACAAAAAUAGAAAUAAUACGGAUGCAAUUGUUACGGGUUCAGCAGAGCUCAGAGCAGGGUUCAGGCAAUGGAGAUAUAUCUGGUCAACAAGAGGUGCUAUCCCCCACAGAAGUUAGAAUAGAAGAGUUACGCCAUCACUUACGAAUAGAAGCAGCCAUGAUAGAUGGUGCCAAAAAUGUGGUGAAAAUUUUACAAAGUCAGAAAGUCCCAGACAAAAAGGCUUUACAAGAGGCACAAGCUAGGUUCGCAGAAUCACACCAAAAAUAUGAACUUUUACGACUGUCUCUAGAACGACGUUUAAAUGACUUAACACCCGGAUCCCCAAAGUCGAAAGUGCUACAGGAGGAGUUGAAGUGUGCGAGUCCAUCAGCGUAUGCUCAACGAUCGAGGGGGGGAAAACUUAAUCAGAAUAUCUCAGCUAUUGCAAAACCAGCUGCGCUAACAGGACGAUUAGAAGUCCGGUUGGUGGGAUGCCAAGACUUAAUGGACGACAUCCCUGGACGGACGCGCCGUGACAGUCUUACCAUGUACGGUAUAACGAAAGAGGAGAAGGGAUUCAUCAAAGCCAAGAGCUUCCAUGGACGCGGUAAUACCAAACAAUAUAAUGUAAAAGAUGAUUUAUCCUAUGAAAUCAUGGCAGUAUUAAAACUAGAUAAUCAGCAGGUCGCUCAGUCGCCGUGGAGGACCUGUAGUCAGCAGUGCUGGGAUCAGAGAGUGUCAUUAGAGUUAGAAAAGGCACGUGAGUUAGAAAUCCAGAUUUAUUGGAGAGACUGGCGGCAGAUGUGUGGCGUUAAAUUCUUACGAUUAGAGGACUUUCUCGACAACCAACGACAUGGCAUGGUCGUACACUUAGAACCGCAGGGAAUUAUUUUUGCUGAGGUGACGUUUAUAAAUCCAACAAUAUCAAGAAAGCCAAAGUUAAAGCGACAAAGAAAGAUAUUUCCAAAACAUCAAGGUCGUAAUGUAUAUCGUCCAGGCCAAAUGAACAUCAAUGUGGCGACAUGGGGCCGGUUAAUGAAACGUGCAUUUCCUCAGAGUUGUAAUGAUCCGGACGCUCAGCUAAGUCCGCCAACUGACUUAGGCACUCCUGGCAUAAUGUCAUCUGAUCGAGGGCCUCCAAUCCACAAGCUCAAUUUUGAACCAUUGUCACCAGAGGAGAAACCGCCACCUAUUGACAACAGCCGACACCAGGAGGCCGCCCCGGAGAUGAUACACCGGCCGCUUCCGCCCCUUCCUCCAAAUGAUAGGUCACCGGAUGAGGGCAUUGUGAGUAAUGCUCUUUCAUCGUUUGACUUCCUGCCAGAUGCCCUGAUGUCCGAAGGUACGAAAACAAUAAGUCUGGAUGAUAUGGAGCCAACCACGCCGGUUAUAUCGAAAAUGGAGACUAAAAAACGUUCUCAAUCUCCGCCAGCAGUGUCCCCUAGGCCCGAGUCUGUCAUUUCUGAUAAUUCAUCUGUUAGGUCAAAACACAGUGUACGUUCAAGUACAUCAUCGAGUGUGUCUCAGUUCAUGUCCAUGGAGAACUUCAGAUGCAUCAGUGUGCUCGGUAGGGGGCAUUUUGGAAAGGUGUUACUGUCGCAGUACAAAAACACGGGUGAAUACUUUGCGAUCAAAGCGUUGAAAAAGGGUGACAUCAUAUCUCGAGAGGAAGUGGAGAGUUUGUUGUCAGAGAAACGAAUAUUUGAGGUGGCCAACUCGAUACGACAUCCGUUCUUAGUGAACCUGUUUGCAUGUUUCCAGACAGAGGAACAUGUCUGUUUUGUUAUGGAGUAUGCCCCAGGUGGUGAUCUGAUGAUGCACAUUCACAAUGACGUCUUCUCAGAGCCUCGCACGGUCUUCUAUACCGGAUGUGUCGUCCUGGGCCUGCAGUAUCUCCACGAACAUAGUAUCGUAUACAGAGAUCUCAAGCUUGACAACCUUCUGCUAGACACAGAGGGUUUCCUCAAGAUUGCCGACUUUGGUCUGUGCAAAGAAGGUAUGGGUUUCAACGACCGGACUAGUACAUUCUGUGGUACUCCCGAGUUCUUGGCCCCUGAAGUCCUGACUGAGACCAGCUACACCAGAGCUGUGGAUUGGUGGGGACUUGGGGUACUGAUAUUUGAGAUGUUGGUUGGGGAGUCGCCAUUCCCGGGUGAUGAUGAAGAAGAAGUGUUCGAUAGCAUCGUCAAUGAUGAAGUGCGUUACCCGAGGUACCUCUCAACUGAAGCCAUCGCCAUCAUGAGGCGUUUGCUUCGUCGGAACCCCGAGAGGCGAUUGGGAUCGAGCGAGAGGGAUGCAGAAGAUGUGAAGAAACAGGCGUUCUUCAGGAAUGUCGACUGGGACGCUUUACUGAUGCGCAAAGUGAAGCCGCCAUUUAUUCCAACUGUCGUCUCGAUGGAGGACGUUAGUAACUUUGACGAGGAGUUCACGGCCGAGCUGGCCAUCCUGACGCCGCCCAAGGAACCACAUCCACUGACAGACGAUGAUCAGGAAAUGUUCAAGGGAUUCGAAUACAUGGCCGAUUGGUGCUAAAUGCCUCCUCUAAUCUUCUUACAAAUUGAACUUAUUUGGAACUAAGUUAAGAUAUGACAUCUACUAUGAAUUCAGAGUGCAGCCACCGUGGCCGGUUUUACAGACAGUUCAUGUUGUCGUUUGUAAUUUGUCGCUUUAAGAAUGAAAGAUCUGUUUUUGAGCGAGCUUCAUUGGAUUCGCGACGUCACUUUCAACGAAGUACAGAAAUAAUGACUUGUGAUACUUUACUUCAUAGAAAACCAUUUCUGACCACAAUUCUGUCGCUAUUUGUCACGGCCAUGUAUGCAUUCCAUAUUGUUCUUUCCGUGUCUCAUAGAUGGCGCUGUAUAAGGGAUAGUGCAGAAUUUGGUCAAUUCCCGGUUAUAUUUGGUGGAUUAGUUACUUGUUUUUGUCUGUAGUUUGUCUCGAAUUUGUCCUGACAGAGCACAACAGUAAGGACUAGAAAAGUUAGAAUCUGCUGCAUACUAAAGAACACUACACUGACAAUUACAAGAAAGCAGAUGAAUGCUAAUCAGCUGUAUGCCUAUACGUCAGUUGCACAUUUGUCAGAAAUCUGUGUUUUUAAAUUGCGAGGAGGCGCUACCAGUUGUGUUAUGACCUUGUGUUAUCUUCAGUGUUAUAGGCCUAAAAAUAUGUUUAUUACUCCCAACUUGUUAACCCCCAUGUCCCCCAUCUCGUUUUUGAGAGGUGGUGCAUAUAGCUUCUUGGCUCUCAUCCCACUACUCUUGGGAAACUGCUGGAAAAAGUAUUACUUUGAACAAGUUCACCAUUUUACUGUUGAGUUUCUUCACCCAUUGUGUUAAAAUUCCUGGAAUUGUCAACAGCAAAACUGCUAAUGUAACAUAUACCCUACCCAAAAAACAAACAUUUUCCCUUCAUUUUACUUAAGGCUAUCAAAGCAGGUCCAUUUUCCUUGCUCCGUCCUGUUUUUGCACUGUGGGCAGUUUCAUUUGGUGGAUUUUUAAAGCUUUUACAUAUGGGCAUGUGUUUUUAUUAGAUGUAGAUAUUUUUAUAUCAGUCUGUGUCACAACACAUGCUUCGUUGAUCAUUCUACGGCUGGAGAUGAUAUUAGAUAUAGAUUGAGAAUAUAAAUUGAUAUGAGGGUUGUCCAGAUUGCAUAUGAACAAAAAUAGUAAAGGGUGACCCAUAAUGAUAGUUCCUGAAAAUAGAAGAUUUCUGUACAGUCUUGAAGAUCAACACCAGAAUUGGUAUAGGGAAGUAAAAUCAAAGUGUAUUGCAAUGUCAGUAUCUCAUGAUAUGAAUUUUGUAUGGUAGCUUGUAUGAGAAAUGGCCACUUAGCAAUGGCACUUUUCAGAUAGUUUUGAAGUAGCAGUGUUGGUUCUUGAAACCGCCCAACUUGGAGAACCGCAGUAUGCAAAUGCUAUCAUUGACUCAAAUUUCCGCAUUUCAGUGAACUGGGUGUUAGAAUUUGGUGUUGUAAACACUAUUAGAAUACACUGAUGAGCCUAUCACCAGCAUUAAUACCAAGUGUAUAGAUAUAAGAUUUAUGUUAACAAUUGAUAUUCCAAUGAACUUCUGUAUUUCUGUUAUGGUGAGAGGAUUACCGCUGUCGGUCGAGGUUCACGUUACAGUUUUCUUCGAUUUGAAGAAAUAUAGAUAUAACAUUAUGUAAAUAUGACAGGGUUGAUGUGUUUGAUUACUAGUGGAGCGCUUGUAUAAGUAAGCGCUAGAGUGUUCUUUUUGGAACUGGCUUCUCAUCUCAUGCCAGGUCAUAGUGAGCAAUCGUGGAAGCGGGUAGAGUGGCUGAUGAUGUGAUUUUUGAGAAAAGGGGGCAUGCAAUCUCACAUGUGUUGGCUUUGUGAGGUAAACAAAUAUGAUUUAUUGCGUCACAGUUCAGUUCUUUGACAUGCAGGUCAAGGUGUGAAAUCCGGUGCUUUAUUAUCCAAGUGCUUUGCCAGUAAUCAAACACACUGUAUGUAAAAGAGAGGUGAGGUAAGUCACCUGCAAUGCAUUGCUUUAGUGGACCUCAUCUUGUUUGUCCAUGAGGUGCUUGGUGCGCUGUACUAUGAUUUUGUGUUAAUCCUAGAACUCAGGGCAGGGUCUCCGCCAGCAGGGUAGAGCGUUUUCUUUACAUAACCUGUAAGUAAAAGGUCUUGAAUAAAAACCUUUUUUCCCUCUAAAAGUUAACCCUCACAGUAAAUCUUGGCUUGUGAACCCUGCAGAGAUAUGGAAUGCAACAUUCAUUUGUAUGGCCAGAGUCUUUACAAAGUAUUUGAAAGACUCUGGUAUGGCUGACCAGGUACAUGUAUCCUCAGUGAAAUAGAUACACAUGGGAGAUGGAUGAAGGAUGUGUCGUCCCACUCAAGAAAUUAGCAAAGUUCUGUAAUCGAAUAUUUGUAAUUAUGUGUAUAUAAAAAUUACUAUUAAAUUGAUUUUGGCAUGCACAUGUUUGAAUGGUGUAUCAAAGUUUGUAUAUAUUCAUUAAAUUGAUCAGGGAACUAUUGGAAUUAUGGCGCAUAUUUGAAAUAUAAAACAAUCUUGUACUAUGAAUAGUUGUCCUAAAAUUGUUGCUAUGUAUGCUACAUUGUUUAAAUUUGGAAGAGUUGCAUUUUGAGUGGCCAAGUUGGGUGAGUUUUUGCUUAUCGAACUUGAAGUAUUCAAUUACAUCAAUUUCUAUUCUAAAACACCUCAAGCGAAACAAUGAAAUGAGAUUUGGAUUGGUUUAGAUAUUGUAGUAUUAACCCAAGCAGUUCAAAGGACACAAAAACCACUGCAGGCAAAGCAAGGCACGACCUCUUUUACAUAAAAAACAACACUCUUGUAGCAAACAAGGUGUUUUAGAAUGGAAAAUCAUGAACAUGCAUAUGGAUAGGAGUAGAGUUUGGGUUGGUCAUAUUUUCGUGAAAUAUGCAUGCAAAAGGGCUAAUAUUAUCAAUCAGAAAAGUUAUUUUGGGGAAUACUUUAUAGUGUGAGGACUUUGGAGCUACGAUUUAGGUCAUUUCACCCUUGUCUGCCAAGUUUACUGAUGUGUUAUAACGUGAAAACGGCUGGGGGAGUACUUCAAGUAUUUCAUGCCUGAAAUCAAGAAUAAAUAAAGACUAAUCUUUAUUAAUUCCUGCUGAAAUCUUUGAGGGAAUUGCCUGUACUAUUUCAUAUCAGUUUAAGGAUAUCUGGCAAAUUCUGUUUCACAAAUGUUCACAUAGGGAAGCGUAUGAAGUACUGUCAAAUAUAAAAAUUUGAUGGCGUGUUUUUCUGGGACACACUGUAUACUUGGAAAGAUAAAGACUUGGGUUGUAAAUAAUCUGCAUUUAUCACCAUUUUAUGCUGUCCAGAGAAAAUUGCUGAAUAUCACGUAAAUAAAUAUAUCAUGAACUAUA